CGCCUUCCUGGUGUUGUUGUGUGAGAUUGCCUGCUUUGGGCCAUCACCACAGUGAGAGAUUUCUAUCACCAGACCCGGCGACCAAAAUGUCCUCACUGCUGAAGCCGUUUUCGGUGUGUGAGGGGCCGUGCGACAGCUGCUGUGUCAGGAGAGGAUGUCCGAGCUCGGCUCCCCAUCAGCAGCUUCCAUCCCGGCGUCUGGCCGCCGCGGCGGGGCUUGGAUUUCUGCCGACACACCAGCGGUCAUCCGCGGCGAGGAGAAAUCUGGCGGCCGCUGCCGUCGGAGGGAGGAAAAUCACGCAUCCUGGAAAGGCCAUCCUUGCAGGUGGCAUUGCAGGAGGAAUCGAGAUCUGUAUUACCUUCCCUACAGAGUAUGUCAAGACCCAGCUGCAGCUAGACGAGAGAGCCAACCCGCCACGAUACAGAGGGAUCGGUGACUGUGUGAAGCUGACCGUGCAGGAUCACGGGCUCAGAGGAUUGUAUCGAGGUCUCAGCUCUCUGCUCUAUGGAUCAAUACCCAAGUCUGCAGUGAGGUUCGGCACGUUUGAGAUGCUCAGCAACCCAAUGCGAGACCCCACGGGACGGCUAGACAACACGCGGAGCCUCGUGUGUGGUUUAGGAGCAGGCAUAGCAGAGGCCAUCGUGGUUGUCUGCCCCAUGGAGACACUCAAGGUGAAGAUGAUCCAUGACCAGUGUUCCCUCAGACCUCGCUACAGAGGCUUCUUUCACGGAGUCAGUGAGAUUAUCAGAGAACAGGGUGUGAGGGGGACGUAUCAAGGUCUGACAGCCACUGUGCUGAAACAAGGAACCAAUCAGGCCAUCCGAUUCUAUGUGAUGAACUUGCUGCGCAAUUGGUACAAAGGUGACGACCCCAGGCGAGAAAUGCACCCAAUUGUCACGGCGAUGUUUGGAGCGACGGCGGGAGCUGCCAGCGUCUUUGGAAACACACCUCUGGAUGUGGUGAAAACCAGGAUGCAGGGUUUGGAGGCCCACCGCUACAAAAACACAGUGGAUUGCGCCUUCCAGAUCUUGAAGCACGAAGGACCACAGGCUUUCUACAAAGGAACAGUCCCCAGGCUUGGCCGCGUGUGCUUGGAUGUGGCCAUAGUCUUCGUCAUCUAUGAGGAGGUUGUCAAACUACUCAACAAUGUGUGGAAGACCCAGUAGACAGACCAGACCAAGGUCCAGAAGGAAGCACAGAUCAGUGCCUCAUGCUACGCACAACUGAACACCUCUAUUCUCCUUCAUACUAGCUCUUUGCGUUGCCCUGAGCUGAUGACUCUUCAUUAGGACCAGUUUCCACUAUGUUACAUGUCAACAAGUAAACGACUUGCAGGACGUAUCCUAAACACAAUGAUGAAAAAAGGGGGAGGGAGAUUGGUUGUACAAAACAAAAAUACUUAGUAAUCAAGAGGGAUCACGUGAUUUAGAAGAAAAGGCAAAAGUCAAAGGAGGUAAGGAAACAAUGUUAUUCUGUGUGUUUGAUCAAACUUGUAGACUCAGUUUCUUGAGUCUUAUUACCGGAAACAUUAGUGUAUUUAGAGAAGAAAGAUUACUAACCAAAGGCUGAAAUUAGAGGGGGGAGGAAAAGAAACAAAUUACUUGAGUAGGUAAAAGGGAUAUUGCGUAUGUCUGAUGUUUUAGCUUUCUAUGACUGUUGUUACCGUACAUGUUGUAGAGUGAACACUUUGUACUGAAACCAUAAACGUGUCUUCUGAUUCUCUGAGUACUUAUCUAUACUGAGCGAAGAACAGAGAUGCUACCGGACAAAAACAAACGUCCAUGCAGCACGUCAACACAUCUGGGCGUUGGACAUCAUUGCUUCCUUGACUGUGCUCGUGGCGUCGUCACACUACAACAUUCACAGUGUUAUCCUCGCUCUCUUGGUGAUGAUUGUGCAUUUUAUGGCUGCUGCUGACUAUACAAGAUUACGGCUGCAUGAAUCUUGAUGUAGCAUCUGUCCUGUUUAUACGCUGAAAGUGGCUCACAGCACUUAUUGUAGGAAACAAAUCCACAUGUAGCACAGUCUUCACACGCAGUCUUACGAGUACAAUAGAAGUUAGUGAGUUCUUUGUUGCCAUUCUGGGAAAAUUCCUACCAUAUCAACAUCAGACAAGUUCCCGAGACUUUCAGUUGGAGGGCGAGUUCUCUACAGCUGCAUGUGAAGGCUUUAUUUAGGAACAUUUGACCAGUAAUGCUUUGAUCAGACAGUCAGGCCGCUAUUUCCAAGAUGGUGCUUGUGUGCAGUCUAAAAUACAAAAGUGAUUUCACUUCUAUUCAACAUGUCCAACUAUGUAAGCCAUAUGACUUCAAUGCGCUUGAGCCUUCAGUGAUUUUCUUGCGUGCUUAUUGAUUCAGUCAUCCAACACUGUCCUCGUGUCAGAUAUUUCCACUUGAAUAUUCUUUGUCGUCUCCAGCCAACCUGCUUCAUAAGCUUUUUGUACGCAGACUGAUGAAAUCGUUUAUUAGCCAUGUUUGAAUGCACUCAUUCUUCUCCAGUAAAGUGUUUACACACGUUGAACGACAUCACGGGGACAGUAGAUAUGUCAGAGGCUCGAUAACGUAACAAGUGACUAGUGUUUCAGCAAGGCCCAGGUUUUGAUCGAUCUAGUUGCACCACACAGCCUUGCACAGAAGCCUUUUACUCCUUUUUGCCAAACUAUUUAAGUUGACUUUCUAAUGUUUUAUCCCUGAUAGGAGCAAAUCUUUAUUACACAUUAAACCAAGAGCGGCAGCAUAUUGCUUAAUCUUUGUCUGUCAUUUUGUUUUCAUUCAGUCAAGGCACAUUUUUACUAUAUGGACUCUUAAAGUGUUAAUGUUUUGCAGCUUUUCAUAAACAGCAUGCAUACCUCACUGUACAGCAUAUCAGAUUUGGUGCGCUCACUCACUUUCAGAAGGUCCUGCAGACUGAAUGAUUAAUUUGUGUUGAGGAAAAGCUGAAAUGUGUUGGUAUGACAUCAUAAGUGAUAUUGUUAUAAAACAUCAGUGCUCCAAGUAAAAUCUACAUGAUGAGGAAACCACUUGAAUAAACAUUUAAAC